AUGCAUUUCUCUGCCCCUCUUGUCCUGAUUACUGCCGUCACUGGCGCUCACGCAUUUGUUGUCCAGCGUGAUGCUAAGCCCAUUCUCGACGUCUUCGCCAAGGUGCAGACUGACAUUGACGGUCUGGACUCUGCUGUGAAGGCGUGGACCGCCGACCCCGCCCCGGUCCUUGACGCCUCCAACAAGCUUGUGGCCACCAUUGGCCAGGGCGCCACCACUGUCCAGGGCACCAGCGAGCUCACCCUCAACGAGGCCAUUGGCCUUCUCGGUCCCGUCAAGGACCUCAAGGGACACGCCCAGACCCUGGUCGACGACCUCAAGGGAAAGAAGGACGUCGUCCAGAAGGGCGGACUUUGCGAGGCUGUCAGCAGCCAGGUCACCGACAUUAGCGGCAAGAGCAAGGCCCUGAUUGAUGCCACGGUUUCCAAGGUCCCCGCUGGUGCCCAGAACAUUGCCAAGCAGCAGGCACAGGGAUUCCUUGACAUCCUCCAGGAUGCCCAGACUGCCUUCUCUGCCGAUAACUGCAAGAACGCUUAG